AUGGCCAACCGAUACUCGACCUUUUCCAAUAAUUCCUCUCAAGUUGGCGGUGCACGUUCAGCUGCUCAACAGCCAGCGCAGGUGUCGACCACGACUCUCCUCAAUGCACUUCAUGCCGUAUAUGCCUCUGGCCAGACCUACCAGCUAGACGCCAGUACAAGUCUUGCUGUCAAUACCUGGGUCACGGCAAGCAACCCCGAUGCUCAAGGACGUAUCGGAGGCACGGUCGACUCCCAGAUUGCUUUCAAGGCUUGGGAACAUGCGCGGCGGAGAGCAGAAGAUGCAUGUAUUAUUCUUGGAUCCCUUCACCCCUCGACUCCACCACUCUUCAACGCAUUUCUGCAGGUUGUGCCUUUGCCUACACCUCAGAUUGCGUAUACUGCCCUAACCGCUCUACGACCCUUCCUCUCAUGCGUUACACCUACAAAUCCCACCACCCUUAGACAUUCAGCCCUCUCUGCUAGAUAUACCGUCACUUUGGCCGGAACUGUUACCGGAUUCACUUUAGCACUUUCCGGCUCGGGCAUCGAUGUUGAUCGUGGUCUUCUGAGGGUUCCCUCAGAGCGUGGCAAUCGAGCCUUUGACGUCUUCUACUACCUCUUGACUGCUGCCUCCACACCUACAGAGCGGGAGUUUCUUGGCUUGCAACAUCCUUCAAAAUACACUCUCCUUAAUAAGUCGGGGACUUACGACCCUCCUUCAUACCUCCCAAGCGCAGAUGAUGCUGCUGCCGCCGAAGACUUUCGAAACGCACUAAAAGCAAUCGGCAUCAAGGGCUCUGAUUUUCGAGGGCUUCUUUCCUCUCUUGCUGGCUUGUUGAAACUCGGCGAGACCACAGGUUUCCUGGUAGAUUCUGAUGUUCUCGAAGAUAUAUGUGAAGAUGUUGGCGGGCUUAUUGGGCUUGAACCCGAGGUGCUCAGCAAUAAAUGCAGUACGGAUGACCGCGAAGUCCUCAUCGCAGGGAUGUAUGAGGCCCUCGUGGACUGGGUUCUCUCCAAAGCAAAUCUGGCCAUUUCUGCUGAACUUCGCUCUGGUGCACUCACUCCCGACUCGGGCAGUGAGAAUGCUGAUGAAGUGAGUCUGAGCGUCGUGGAAAUUCCCAGUGAGGCACUGGCAAAGGCUGUCGCGCUCCGGAAUGUUUUCAAUGACACAGUCGGCAUCAAUUUCGAGAUGAAGGAGGAUGGGGUUGAAGUCCAAACUGCUGGACACUCCGUAAUCAAGGAGAUGCAGUCGGCAGUAUCUGAAGUCGAGGCAGAUUUAGGUAUCCCCGGUGGUCCUCUCAGUCGUGAAAGAGACCACGACCGCGACAGAAGAGAAGGCAUUCUUGAGAAGAUCGGCACUGGUGCUGAUGAGGGUGGUUUUCUCCAAACUCUACUCUACCCAGUAGAUGGAGAAGGCUUGAACUUUGGUCGAAAGGGCCGCUUCGACCUGGGGGCAACGUUAGCGAGCAGCAGGGUUUGGUAUCAGCUUUCCCUUCACCCUACCGACGAGGCCUUGAGUUCGCUCGCCUCUCUCUCUUCUGCGACCUCCGCAUGGUCUGCAGGCACAGUCUCUCGCCAACUCCGUGCUUGGAGACUUCCUGAGUGGGCCAAUUACCGCAACAGGCAACUCGACUUCACAGCCGACUUCGAUGUCGAUGAGUUCGUGACAAGAUACUCCAGACUGGGCUGUCGAGAUGGCAAGGAUGGCAUCGAGACCUUCCUUCUAGAGCGCGGCUGGACCAAUGGCGAAGUCAUUAUUGGCCGAGAGCGCAUAUGGAUGCGUGAGAGUGCCUGGUGGGAAGCCGAAUCCAUGUUGGACAUGAAACCGAUAGAGGGCGAUCCCGCGUACGGGCAACCGACCAAUCCAUUCCUGUCGGGCUAUUCUGCAAAUACGCCCCACAACGGCAGCGGCUUCUUUCCACCGCUGGGCGACAACAUGAGCGUGCAGGACAGCCGGGAGAACCUCAUGGGCAUGCCGGCUGGUGAUCGAGCCAAGUCUCUUGCGCCUACACAAGCACGUACAGUGCAGACAAUAGGUGGUGAUUAUGGCCUGGGCCCUAAAGGAGAUGAUCUCAAAGAUCAAUAUUGGGACACUGACCUUGGACGUUAUGCGGGCGAACUGGACCCCGAGUUUGGCGAUCCCAAAAACAUUGAAUCCAAGAAGACAACAGUAGGCCGACAGGCAUGGGUCUCGUUAGUCUGGGCCUUGACAUUCUGGAUGCCUUCAAUAUUCCUAAGAUUUAUUGGUCGCAUGAAGCGUCCUGACGUUCGAAUGGCAUGGCGAGAGAAGAUCGUCCUCUGCUUACUCAUUUUCCUUAUCAAUGCCACCAUUGUUUUCUGGAUCGUUGGCUUUGGCCGACUCCUCUGCCCUAAUCUCGACAAGGCCUUUAAUGCAAAAGAAGUCGGCUACCACACCGGCACCAAUGAUUACUUUGUCAGUAUCCAUGGAAAGGUUUAUGAUAUGACUAAAUUCUAUCGCGUGGACCAUUCAGACACUAACAUCAAAACCAACGCCGAGAACAUGUUACCUUUAGCUGGACUCAAUCUUGAUGCUUAUUUUCCUCCUCCACUGAGCCGGGCAUGUCCAGGGCUUAAUGUGGACGAGAGUGUCUAUCUUCAGCACAACAACACCGACGCCAUUCAAUAUCCCAAUGCUGUCCACACAUCCGGCCCCCGCUACCAACCUGUACAAAGCUCUGAGCUGUAUAAAUGGGAUUGGUAUUCACAAAGGUUCCUCCCCAAGAUCAAGGAAUAUUACAAGGGUGAUCUGGUAGUCACCAGAAGCAGUGUUAAGAGCCAAGCCAACAAUGAUCAACGGGUGUGGGUCAUCAUCGACCAAAGCAUUUAUGAUCUUACCGACUACUUUUACACCUUGGAUAUCCAGAACGGCUUCGGCACUUACAAGUUUUUCCCGAGUGAGGUUUCCGAUCUCAUUCAACAAAGCGCAGGUGAAGACAUUACAGAUAAAUGGGGUACCAAUGCUGCUUAUGCCAACAGUUUGAAUUGCAUGAACCAAGCAUUUUAUGUCGGCAAAGUUGAUUUUCGGCAGUCGGCCAAGUGUACAGUGAACAACUGGAUCCUCCUCGCUUUUACUAUCAUGCUGUGCACAGUCAUUUUGGUCAAGUUUUUAGCUGCCUUGCAACUAGGAUCGAAACGGCGACCGUCCCCACAAGACAAGUUUGUCAUUUGUCAAGUUCCUGCUUACACUGAGGGUGAAGACCAUCUCAGGAAAUCGUUAGAUUCUCUGACAGCGCUUCAGUACGAUAACAAGAGGAAGCUGAUAUGUGUCAUCUGUGAUGGUAUGAUUGUUGGUGGUGGCAAUGACAGGCCUACUCCGAAGAUUGUUCUUGACAUUCUGGGAGUAGAUCCCAAGAUUGACCCACCCGCCCUUCCUUUCAGGUCAGUUGGCAACGGCAACGAACAAUUAAAUUACGGCAAGGUAUAUUCUGGUUUAUACGAGUAUGAAGGCAAUGUUGUUCCGUACAUGGUUGUUGUCAAGGUUGGCAAGGAGUCAGAGCAGUCUAAGUCGAAACCAGGCAAUCGUGGCAAACGAGACUCCCAGAUUUUGCUCAUGCAAUUCCUGAACAGAGUCCACCAUCGAUCUCCCAUGUCGCCCCUGGAAUUAGAGAUGUUUCAUCAAAUAAACAACAUCAUUGGUGUGGAUCCAGAGCUUUAUGAGUACCUUCUCAUGGUUGAUGCCGAUACCAUGGUCAAAGAGGACUCACUAAAUCGUCUGGUCGCUGCUUGUGCCAAUGACGCAAAAAUUGCUGGCAUUUGCGGUGAGACAAGCUUGGAAAACGAGGAAAGGAGUUGGUGGACAAUGAUCCAAGUCUACGAGUACUACAUCUCGCAUCAUCUCGCCAAAGCAUUCGAAUCACUGUUCGGCAGUGUUACUUGUCUGCCAGGAUGUUUCUGCAUGUACCGGCUUCGAACAGCCGAUAAAGGACGACCGUUGAUCAUCUCUGAUAAGGUUAUCACAGAGUACGCCGACUGUGACGUUGAUACGCUUCACAAGAAGAAUCUAUUGUCUCUCGGUGAAGAUCGAUACCUUACCACUCUGAUGACCAAACACUUCCCAUCCAUGUCCUUCAAGUUCGUACCGGACGCUUAUGCCUUGACUGCUGCACCAGAGACAUGGUCUGUGCUUUUGUCACAACGACGGCGAUGGAUCAACUCGACAAUCCACAAUCUCGCGGAACUUAUGUUCUUGAAGGACUUGUGUGGUUUCUGCUGCUUCUCCAUGAGAUUUGUCGUCUUCAUUGAUCUCUUUGGUACCCUCAUCCUUCCAGCAACAUGUGCCUAUUUCGGAUACCUCAUCUAUAUAGUCGCUUCUGGCACCGGUCAAUUCCCAUUGUUCUCCCUGAUUAUUCUUGCAGCUGUAUAUGGUCUCCAAGCAAUCAUCUUCAUCAUCAAAAGACAGUGGCAACAUGUGGGAUGGAUGAUCAUCUACAUUAUUGCUUACCCUGUCUACAGCUUCAUUCUACCAAUCUAUUCCUUCUGGAAUCAGGAUAACUUUACUUGGGGAAAUACCAGGAUUGUUAUUGGUGAAAAAGGAGACAAGAAAGUUGUCGCAAUUCAAGAUGAAGGAUUUGAUCCACGAUCGAUACCACUUCAGCGCUGGGACGACUACGCAGCAACUAACAAUCUUCCAGGCAGACGAGGAAACCCUGGCAGUUACCAUGAGAAAGGUUUUGAAACGGCUUAUCGCGAUGAUCCAGCGAUGAUGGAGAUGGACGACAUGCACUCGAAUUAUUCUUCCGUCAAACCCGCCAGUACCAUCUUGGCAGGCUUUCCCCAGCAACAGCAUCCGUACAUGGCGCCUCCUCGUUCUCCCGCACCAUUUGGCAUGCCCAAUCGAGCCAGCACAAUGACCGGCCUAACUCAGUUCCACGACCAACCACAGAGUGUUCACGGUCGUCAAAUGAGCAUGAUGAGUUUAGGUAGUCAGGCUCGUCUUAAGUCUCCGUCUCCCAAUCCUUAUCAAGAUCGGAGCCCAUAUCAAAGUGGCAUGCAGCAUUCUGUCAGCCGACCCAGUCUUCUGGGCAUUGGGAACUCACGGCCAGUGUCCACGGUGAUGGAUUUCCGCACGGUCCCCUCGACUAGACCGACUGACUUGGACAUUGUCGAAGCUAUCCGUACAGUCCUUGCUGAGGUGGAUCUGGAUAAGGUAACCAAAAAGCAGGUCAGAGCACUGGUAGAACAACGGCUCCAGUGUGAAGUACCUGCUGGUGAACGCAGAACUUUCCUGGACAAGGCUAUUGAUGGCGAAUUGGCCAACAUGUAG